AUGAAUUCAACCCCUAUGACAGAACCAGAAAGUCCAGACUAUGACAACACAAGCCUGACAACAGUUCCACCAGUUUGCAUGGAUCUGUCAUGCAUCUUCUAUGCAGUAGCAAAUGUGAUCAUCUUCAUCAUGGGUGUUGCUGGAAAUGGUUUGGUGAUCUGGAUUGCAGGGUUUAAGGUGAAGAAAUCUGUGAAUUCUACCUGGUACUUGAGUCUGGCUCUGUCUGAUUUCAUACUCUGCUCCACCCUGCCUUUGGGUAUUGUACAUGCGGUCAAAGACGAUUGGAUCUUUGGGCUUUUCAUGUGCAAGCUAUUAUUCUUCAACAUGUACUUAAACUGGUUCAGCAGCAUCUUUCUCCUCGUCAUCAUCAGUGUGGACCGCUGUGUGGUUGUUAUGUUUCCUGUGUGGGCUCAGAACAAGCGCACAGUAAGAAAGGCCUCUGUGAUUGUCAUGCUAGCCUGGAUCAUGUCAGCAGCACUUAGUCUACCAUCAGCCUUUUAUUUGGAUGUUUUGUAUUAUGACAACACCCAAACAACGAUUUGUUACCCAAAUUACAAGAAUGAUCAACAGGAGAUUGUGGAUGUGAUGUGCAGAUUCGUAUUUGGAUUUGUGAUCCCAUAUCUGAUCAUUAUCAUCUGUUACAUUUUCAUCAUUCGAAAGCUGAAGUCCAACCAGAUGGCAAAGUCCAAAAAGCCAUUUAAGAUCAUGACGGUGCUGAUUGUUACUUUCUUGGUCUGCUGGCUGCCUUAUAACACUUUUGCUUUGAUGGGACUAGACUAUGAAAAAUAUGAGAGUUUUUACCAGUCAGGAUCAGAAGUUGUUGUUGUUCUUGCUAAUGCUAACAGCUGUCUGAACCCGUUUCUUUAUGCUUUUAUGGGGAAGGACUUUAGGAACCAAUGUUAUGCGCUUCUGUCCAAGAUUGAGAAUGCAAUAGCAGAAGAGGAGGACCAGAACAAGGUCCAAGGCACAGUUCUUACCACCUCUGGGGAAAACAAGCUUUCAACUACUGUCUGA